GAGAGGAGCUGUAGCAUCUCUGAGUGCAGAAGAAGCCAGAUGUACAGUGACUGCCUCCCAGCCAGCGGUGCGGACUCAGCCUGUCCCUGAGAUACACCGACACCCGGGGGGGCAUGGGGAAACCGGUACAGACAGGAACACCCCUAUUCUGGCCAAAUUACCCUUGGAAACGAUGUGGAUAUACUUGUCGUUCAGUAGAGUUUAUGCUUUGAAAGUUCCAAGUACUUUUUUUUUUUAUUUGUGUACAUAAGGUGGGACCAACACGCUUGGAAUCUAUGACUUUUAGCAUUUGGAUAUGGACAUGAUCCCAAACCCUUAUUUUUUACAAAAAGAUAUGCUUGCUGUAGGUCAUGAUCAAGCUUCGACAUGGACAUCACAGUAACGUCCUUGGAAGCUAUGCACAGAACUAUAGCUGCCUUUUACAUGGCAAACAGAUAGCUGCAGUUUCCCAUUCUUAUCAUCCGAUGUUCAUUGAAGGUUUCAGAAAUGUCAUCGAUAAAAGCCCAUUGGAUUUGUUUACAGAAAGGCAUUGGCAUAGGAAAGUUUUUUAGCUUGCUUAUUGCAUUGGUAAUCACCAUCCUGGUGGUCGCUUCGUAUGUGUUGUCCUGGGGUCGUCAAGAUCUGUCUCAGCCAUUUUCCGCCCCCACAUCCAAAGACUUUGUUCUCAGUUCUAACCUGUCAAGCACUGAUAGACAUUCCGAAGUCAAUCCACCAGUUAGAAGUUCUCAUGCACAAGGUGGAGAAAUUAAUUUGACGGAGCGGAGGAUACCAGACCGAACAGAGCUGGAGCAAUAUGAACCACAUAUGUUCUCUGUAAUCCCAAGAAACUUCCUCCAGUCAAGUCGCAGUCCCUGCUGGUACGUGGAAUACCAAGGAAAAGAUAGAGAUGACCCUUACAAGACCAAUGGCUAUGGCUUGUACUCCAAGCGGUUCCGUUCCAUCUUUGAGGAGAUGAGGCAGGGGUUCUGGGCUAAGAUGAAUUUGCAAGAAGGAAAUCGGUACCGUUUGCGCUGCCUUCCCUACUUCUACAUCAUCGGGCAACCCAAAUGUGGAACGACUGACCUGUACGACCGGCUACGCCUCCAUCCCAGGGUUCGCUUCUCCGCUUUCAAGGAACCACACUGGUGGACGAGGAAACGUUUUGGAAUUUUGAGACUGAAAGAGUCAUUCUACAGUCGUUUCCCAUUGGAAGAUUAUCUGGACUUAUUUGAUUUGGCUGCACAAGAAAUACAAGACAAUUACAAUAAGGACAAAGGAAUGGAAGAUGACCUCCUCAUAGGAGAAGCAAGUGCAUCAACAAUGUGGGACAACAGUGCUUGGUCAUAUUUCUAUGACAAUGUUACCAAUACAGAACCACCUGUGCUUAUCCAAGAUUUCAUCCAUGCCUUCCAACCAGACGCCAAGUUUAUCGUCAUGCUGAGGAAUCCUGUAGAGAGACUGUACUCAGACUAUCUCUACUUUGCCAUUGCUAACAAGUCAGCUGAGGAUUUCCAUGACAAAGUGAAUGAAUCUUUGCAGAUAUUUGAUAGCUGCCUGCAAGUCUCCAGCCUGCGAGCCUGCGCAUACAACACAACGUUUAGCAACAUACUGCCGGUACGACUGCAAGUUGGACUCUAUGUUGUCUAUCUGUGGGACUGGCUGUCGUUGUUUGAGAAGAAUCAGUUUCUCGUUAUGAGACUGGAAGAUCAUGCGGCCAACAUAACCCAAAGCAUGAGACUUGUUUGCAAUUUCCUCCAUCUUGGGCCUCUAAGUAACAAGGAAGAAAGCUCGAUAACACACAACCCUGCAUCCAACAGCCGACGACCAGAAGACUGCAACCUAGGCCCCAUGUUACCUCAUACUAGAGAGAUGCUCAAGGAUUUUUACCGUCCGUACAAUCAGAGAUUGGCUGAAAUGCUUGCAAACGAUGCUUAUCUCUGGGAGACAUAGAAAGCGUUUGACAAAACUGUAUGUAUUGAGUACUUGAGUUUACUGCCACCUAGUGACUGGACACAGUGUUUACAUCCACGACAUGUUUUCUGUGUUCCCGUUAACGCAGUGUUUGAGAUAUGAACCUCUAUAGCACUACGUGUGCUUCCACCUGCUGAUCAUAUUAAGAAACUGCAACAAGGACACAAAACUGCCUUUGUGAUGUAAUCAACAAAAUGGACAAAACAAACAAAAAAUGACAAUCAUUUGUGCCAAUCAGCUGUGAAAAUACAGCAAGAAUGAACGUGAUUACUUGAUAUGUAAAUACAAAAUCAUAACUGGAUCCUGGGUAAAAAUUAUUUGUAAAACGCUGCGGAAUAUGUUGGCGCUAUUUAAAUGCUCGUAAUAAUAAUAAAAUCUAAUUACAUAAAAACUCCCCACACUUAUCACCGGAAAACUUCAGAAAAAUUACUAACUUAAAUUGUGAACUCUUAUGGAAGGGGAUAAAAUAUUAUGGAAGAAUCAGAUUAUGGUAUUUUUUUGUCUUUUUUUUUCUCUGAGCUUGAAAGUAAUGUAUUUUUUUUUGUUUAGAUUUUUAAAUAUCUGUUCAUGUUUCUGA